AUGGAUAAGGAGGGAGGGAGGAAACUGGAGCACAGAGGCCUGCUGCGACUGGAGGAGCUGGUGCGCCGCUUCCUCAUCUCCCGGGAGACGCUGUCCAUCAGGAUGCUGGAUGACAACCUGGACCCCACCCCGCUGCUGAAGGAGAUCCGUGACGACAAAGUGGCCACCAUCAUCAUCGACGCCAACGCCUCUGUCUCCUACCUCAUCCUCAAGAAGGCAUCGGAGCUGGGGAUGACAUCAGCAUUUUACAAGUACAUCCUCACCACCAUGGACUUCCCCUUACUAAGACUGGAUGACAUAGUGGACGAGCAGUCCAACAUUGUGGGUUUCUCGAUGUUCAAUACCACCCAUCCCUUCUACCUGGAGUUCAUCAGGAGCCUCAACCUGUCCUGGAGGGAGGGCUGUGACCUUACCUACCCUGGUCCUGCACUCUCGUCCGCGCUGAUGUUUGAUGCGGUGCAUGUGGUGGUGGGGGCAGUGAGGGAGUUGAACCGCAGUCAGGAAAUCGGCGUGAAGCCGCUCAGCUGCACCUCGCCCCAGAUCUGGCAGCACGGGACCAGCCUCAUGAACUACCUGCGCAUGGUGGAGUACGAUGGUCUCACGGGGCGUGUGGAGUUCAACAGCAAAGGCCAGAGGACGAACUACACCCUGAGGAUCCUGGAGAAGCACCGAGGAGGACACAGAGAGAUUGGGAUUUGGUACUCCAACAAUACCCUGGCAAUGAACUCCACCAGCCUGGAUAUCAACGUUUCAGAGACGCUGGCCAACAAGACCCUCAUUGUUACCACCAUACUGGAGAACCCGUAUGUGAUGCGCAAAGGCAACUACCAGGACUUCCAGGGCAACGACCAGUACGAGGGCUUCUGCGUGGACAUGCUGAGGGAGCUGGCGGACAUCCUGAAGUUCUCCUUCAGGAUUAAACUGGUGGAUGACAGGCUGUACGGCGCUCCGGAGCCCAAUGGCUCCUGGACUGGCAUGGUUGGAGAACUCAUCAACAGGAAAGCCGAUCUGGCGGUAGCGGCCUUCACCAUCACGUCAGAGAGGGAGAAAGUUAUCGACUUCUCUAAGCCGUUCAUGACGCUUGGAAUCAGCAUCUUGUACAGAGUUCAACUGGGAAGGAAACCGGGCUACUUCUCCUUCCUAGAUCCCUUCUCUCCAGCUGUGUGGCUCUUCAUGCUGCUUGCCUACUUGGCUGUCAGUUGUGUCCUCUUCCUAGCGGCCAGGCUGAGCCCCUACGAGUGGUACAACCCCCACCCGUGCCUGCGAGAGCGCCGAGAUAUGCUGGAGAACCAGUACACACUUGGAAACAGCCUGUGGUUCCCGGUGGGGGGCUUCAUGCAGCAGGGCUCGGAGAUCAUGCCCAGAGCCCUGUCCACGAGAUGUGUGAGCGGGGUUUGGUGGGCGUUCACCCUCAUCAUCAUCUCCUCCUACACGGCCAACCUGGCGGCCUUCCUCACCGUCCAGCGGAUGGAGGUUCCCAUCGAGUCCCCGGACGACCUGGCCGACCAGACCAACAUCGAGUACGGCACCAUCCACGGAGGGAGCACCAUGACUUUCUUUAUGAAUUCGCGGUACCAGACGUACCAGCGGAUGUGGAACUACAUGCACUCCAAGCAGCCCAGCGUGUUCGUGAAGAGCACCGAGGAGGGCAUCGCCCGCGUGCUCAACUCCAAGUACGCCUUCCUGAUGGAGAGCACCAUGAACGAGUACCACCGGGGCCUCAACUGUAACCUGACCCAGAUCGGAGGCCUGCUGGACACCAAGGGAUACGGCAUCGGCAUGCCACUGGGCUCUCCGUUCAGAGAUGAGCUCACGCUGGCCAUCCUCCAGCUGCAGGAGAAUAACAGGCUGGAGAUCCUGAAGAGGAGGUGGUGGGAGGGGGGCCAGUGUCCCAAAGAGGAGGACCACCGUGCCAAGGGCCUUGGCAUGGAGAACAUCGGCGGCAUCUUCGUGGUGCUGAUCUGCGGCCUCAUCAUCGCCGUGUUCGUGGCCAUCAUGGAGUUCGUCUGGUCCACGCGCCGCACGGCUGAGACCGAUGAGGUGUCUGUCUGUCAGGAGAUGCUCACCGAGUUCAGAAACGCCGUCUCCUGUAAGAAGAGCUCUCGCUCCCGCCGGCGUCGGCCCCUCAGCAGCUCAGCAGCCCUGCGUCACCCCACACGCAUUGCCCUGGGCGCCCCGCGGCCCCUCCGCCUGGUCCGGGAGAUGCGCCUCAGCAAUGGCAAACUCUACAGUGGCGCCGGGCCCCUGACAGGUGGAGCAGGGGCAGGGGGAGGAGGAGGAGGAGGAGGUGAAGGAGGAGGAACAGGGCCUUCAGACCUGGGUCCCGGGCCCCAGCGCAUCCUGGAUGACCCACUUGGGGCCAACACUACCCCACCCCCCCCAGCGCCAGCCCCCACCCCGGUAAUGCUGCGCUCCCGCGACUGCACCCAUGUGAGAAUCUGCCAGGAGUGUCGGAGGAUCCAAAGCUUGAGAACGGGCACCAGUUUGGGAUCAACCACCACAAGGAUACCGCCCUCUUCUGCGCCCCUCCCCAGGUUGCCCCCACCACCGCCCCCGUCCUCUUCCAACACAGACAGCGAGGGCGGCGGAGGUCCCAGCCCAAGGCGGCUCCAUCACAGCCCACCGCCUCACACUCCGCGGUCCAUAGCACCUCCUCCGAACAGCAAUGCCACAGACCUCCUGGGAGAUCAGGACUGA